AUGAGUGUCUAAUUUGAGUAAGCAUAAACCCGAAUAUCAAUAAUUAACUAGUCUGUUGUCGACACUGGGACUUCCCAAGCGGUCCCCCACCUUAGUACUAACCCAGCCUUAAGGCGCUUAACUUCGGAGUUCGAAUGGGAUCCGGUGUUUUCACCUUAGUAUGGCCGACAACAAAACUUAUCAGAAAGAAUCACUAUUAAUAAGUUGUCGACACUGGGACUUCCCAAGCGGUCCCCCACCUUAGUACUAACCCAGCCUUAAGGCGCUUAACUUCGGAGUUCGAAUGGGAUCCGGUGUUUUCACCUUAGUAUGGCCGACAACAAAACUUAUUAGAAAGAAUGA